GAGAUCGGGUGUGUGCUUAGUCAUUUCGCUCUGCUUCCUUAGAAGCUUGUAUAGAGUUUUUGGAAAGGAUGGCUGUUAUUCAGUCACACGUACACAUGCAGACCGCUUACUGGUUGAUUAGUGUUGCAUGCACAGUCUUCGCUUAGCAUUUUGUGCAAUUUCUGUGUGUCAAGCUUCCUAUUUUCGCGUUUGAAAUCGAUAAAAGUGGUGAAAGUGCGCGUUGCUCCGAAGUGCGUCCAUUAAAAAAAAGUGCAAUAUCUUUACUAGACCCCCUCCCCCACAGUGAGUCGGUUGGAUCGGUGCGGAUUUUGUCGUUGGAGAAAAAGAGAGGUUGAUUGCUAAGCAUAGAUGUACUGUUUUAAUGAGUUGUGUGCGAUACUAUCGCAUCAUCUAAGUAGCAGCAUUUUCAUUGAGUAGAUGAACUCAGCCACUGCCAGUGGGUCCAGAGUGUGAAAGAGAAACAAUAAACAUCGGUCGUAUAGGAACAGCGGACGAGCGGUUUUACGCACCAACACACCUGUGUGUUGAGUUUGCUUGCUGUACAUUACAUUGUUGCCAUAUCGUUUGCGCGACAAGCGACCGAGAUACGGAAGAUCGACUGCCUUGAGCGGGCGGCGUAUUGUGAGAAUGUUCGCCAGACUAUCGCCAGCAGUGCAGGCAGACAGAAACAGGGGUGGAACAGUGUUGGUGAGAUCACCGUCGCACAGGCUGUAAGAGAGCAAAUAAGGCAAAAAAAGAGACACAGCACCGUGAGCGAGAUCGAGAUCUCGGACUUAACAUACUUUCUAAAUAUAAUUGACUCUCGACGUGGGAAUCGAACGGACGGAUUAUUUUUGCGUCCUCGCAGCAAGAAAAGAAGUGAAGUUUUUUCUUGAUCUGUAUAGCCUGGCCCUUGAUUAACGCAGGGCUGUACCAGGUGAAGUGUGUUGAGUAAAGUUUCAGAUACGAAUUCGGAAUGUUGACCGAGUGGUGAAAGUGUGACUGUGGCUUACUUUGAAAAAGUUUUUCCUCAAAAAGUGUCGAGAAAAGGGAAAAUUCUGGUUUUCUUCGCUCGCCCGUAUCUGUGUAUGCGUGCGUACACCGCGAAAAAGUGCAUAAAGAUACACGGUCCAAGACUAGCCGCUGGAUGUAUAGGGCUUUCGUAGUCGCAUGUAUGCGUGUAAAUUUUGCAAAUGUCAAAUAUGACAACAGUGUUUCAGCUUGUUUUCGAUGUCCGCCAUUUUCUGCCGUCUCUAUUGGAUGGUGAAAAUUUGCUAUCAAGCAAGUGAAGUUUACUGUGGUGAAUAAGUGCCGCCAGUGUGGGAGGCAGUUUGCUUCACUAGUGUGACGAAGAAUAGAAAUAAAUCGUAGUAGAGUGAAUUAUCUUCCACCAGUCUGCUGGGAAGUGAAUUUGCUAUCGAGAAGGGAAUAGCUAAUGUAGGAAGGAAGUAGUGCAAAGAGUACAUCGAAUACAGAGCAGAAGCUGCAGUGGUAUAUGUGCGUUUUGUGUGCAGUACGGGAGCUUAUAGUUGUGCGCCAAAUGUAUCAGAAGAAACCUAGCGCAAUAUUACCCAUACAGUAAAUUUGCUUUUCGUAACCGAAGCAGCUUAGUGUAGAAAUUGUUUUUACCUCUCUAGUGAAAAUGUUAAGAAUAACACAACCAUGACGCACCAGAAUCACCAAACUAACGGCGCAAGUUUGGAAGAUUGCCACACAAACUUUUUCGCCUUGAAUGAUUUGUGCGGUAUAAAAUGGCGUAAGUUGGCCCAAGGUGAACGGCCGAAUGCGUCGAGCUACCCACUGGACGACCCGGUGCUCCGAUCCUACUCCAAAUGUCUCGAGGUGGAUAUUCUGUGCGUGUGGCGCCGGGUAGCCGCCCCAAAACCGGCCGAACAGGAUCAGAAUGUGUUCGAGAUGAGCAUACCGGGACCGGUGACGGGUGGCUCGGUGAUUCAUCCGCCGCUCUCGCUGACCGCCGCCAAGGAACUGUGGAUCUUCUGGUACGGCGAGGAACCGGACCUAACCGAUCUGGUCGAUCCGGAUCUGCUCAAGUCUUCCGAAGGCGACAAAGGCUCCUGGGAGGCUGGUCUAUCAUACGAAUGUCGGUCGCUGCUGUUCAAGGCGUUGCAUAAUCUCAUAGAACGAUGUUUACUGUCGCGGGAUGUCGUGCGUUUAGGCAGGUGGUUCGUACAGCCAAGCUCCAACAGCGAACGAGUGUUUGGCAAGAGCUCGCUCCAUCUCUCGUUCUCGUUCGCCUUCUUUGUCCAUGGCGAUAGCACGGUAUGUGCCUCGAUGGAUAUUCGGGAACAUCCCCCCGUGCGACCGCUGAUGAUCAAACAUCUGGAGGAGGCCCAGGCCCAGCAGGGCAGUAAUCGCAAUAGCGAGGUGAAACCCCGUUCCGUCAUUCUGGCACCGUUUGGACUUGCUGCAACGCUUACCGGUCAAAGCUUCAAGACCAGUGAUCCACAGACGCAAAAAGUUCUCGAUGACUGGAGCGCCUUCUAUCCGAUCUCGAACAAGAAUGUUAACUUUUCCGACAGUGCCGAUACGGUGCCACCCAUCGUAGAGAUCAUGACGGGUGGAAUUAAAAUGCGCUACCCGUCCAAGUAUGUCCUCGUGACGGACAUUGACGAUUGGUCACCACCGCCCGCCACCAACGGAUCCAUCCAGUCACCGUCGAAUGCCACCAAAACAGCACCGCAGCCGGGAGCUGCUCCCCUCGUCGCCACCGAUUCCAGUUCACCAAUGAACACUAACCCGCUGGGAGCGCUGAGUCCAAUGCACGUUGCCACCAGCAAUAAUACCAACGGCAACGGCACCAGCACGAACAACAAUCGAGACACCAGGCCGUCCAUGAACCCACCGUUAACCGUGCCGGAAUCGCCCUCGAAUGACCUCGGUAACCAAAACAGUAUGUCCUCCGCCAUCGUUAAUAAUUCGGCCGCCAUUCUGCUUCCGGAGCGUGUCUGGCAGGAUUGUAUAAUGCAUGCGACACCGCCCGUCGUUCCACCGCCCCAGCAGUCGCCAGGGUUGGCGAAUUGCGAUGUCACGGGUGUGGUCACGAUUAAGUCGGAACCGACGGAUCCCUCGUCCGCAACCGGUAGCAACAACAAUGACAACAGUAUGUCAGCUACGCUCGAUGGGAAUGCCAACUCCGUGUGGGAGAUUACCGACCCCGCACUGAAGGUGCCCUGUUCGUGUAUCAAGUGUAGGAAACUGUCCGGCACCGGUGGUGGACGAUUGCACGGUGGCGGCUGCACUGCUGCUUCCCAUCGUAACUCCGGUUCUGCUCCUGGCAGCGAUUCCAGUGUUGGGGCCAGCGGCGGCUUCCCUGGUAAGGCCAGCAGCGGUGCCGGUCGUGCAGAAAAACCAUCCCGACCGCAUCGAAUACCGUUCCAUCGGAGACCAUCCCCGGAGCUCCUGUACCAUUCCCCCGCACAUUCCUCACAAGUGGUUGGUGCUGCCCUGGCUACUGCUGUUGCUGCCCGUAGUAGCCCCGACUACUGUCUUCUUGAUUCCACUCAAAGAUCAAACCAAAAUUGCGGUGCCGGUGGGAGUACGCCAUACGGAGGUCCGCCGUCUUACUGUCGGAAUCCGCUCUCCAUCGGCGAUUCACAUCCGCUGCCAUCGGAAGGUUCACCCGCCAGUGCAGCGCCAUCCCCGAUGCAACCUUCAUCGGUUUCUCAACCGACGUCGGUCGGUCCGUCCGGAGAUCAGCUUAUAACUAUGUCACCGCAUCCACCCACCUCCAACAACCCUCGGAGCGUCCAGCCCGGAACACCGUGUUUGGAUCAUCUGGACAAGAACACGCCGGCACCGACGCCAACCGAUCAGCACGAUAGUAAAAGUAUUACUGCUUCGCCGUACAACACUCCAUCUCAUCCGGGUGGGGUUAUGAGCGUGGAAGCUCCGUUCUCACAGCAGUCUCAACAGCAGCAGCAUCAACAACAACAACAGCAACAACAACAUCAGCAGCAACACCAACAACUGCAACAGCAGCAGCAAUCAUCACAGCAGCUUGUAAGUAACAAUCUAAGCAGUACCAGCAGUAGCAGUAGUGGAGGGACCACCAACAGCAGCCCCGGUAAUCUACCGAGUCAUGGUAUGAUGGGUAUGCGAUUGAAAUCCGAGGGCGCACUGGGAAUCAUGGGUGACGCUAUAAUGCUGGGAACCAGCCCAAGUAUCUACAGCAGUUUGAAUCCAAUCGUCAAUCAAAAUCAAAUCAACAAAAAGGAAGCAAUGUUGCAGAUAUUGCAGUCGCUGAAAAGGCCUUCCCUGUCUUCGCGGGACUAUGAAGGUAUGCUGGGUGAGGAAAGUCCCAGUACGUCACAUCUUCUGUACGAUUAUUCGGCGAUCGAUGCCUGGAUGAACCAUCCGGUGAAGCGAUACCGACCAAAUGAGGAUUCAAAGUUGGCUCAACAAAUUCGAAACUUGGAUCUCUACGCCGACCAGAAGAAUCACUCGGAAAAGUAUUUGCAAUCACUGCAGAAUGCCGGUUCCGAGGGAGGACCAGGAUCUAUGGGCGGCGGUGGUGGUAUUCGACCAGACCAACAGGAUCCACUGGCCCUACCGGAAGAUGUUAAACCAAGUUUGUUGAACGAGAAUCAGAUUAAAACCGAAAUAGGCUGCGACCGAAGUGACGGCGAUAGUCAAAUUUUGGGGGCUCAUGAGAUCAAGAAGGAGAAAGAGGACAAGGAUGAUAGCUUGUUUACGGAGCAAGGUUUGCAACCGGCGCUGGACGAUUUGGAUCAGUUGUUCGACGACAGUACAAACUAUCCUGACGAUUCGGAUAUUCACGCAAAUACAAGCCCUGCUUCGAACAAAAGUGGCGGUGGUUGCCUAGAGGAUAUCAAACGAUUCACUGGACCAGGAAACACGGUCCAUACGGGAAUAUUGAGUCCCAAGGAGUUGUCGCAGAUGUUCCCGACCCCACCCAGUUUAGAACAUCACCCAAACUCAAGCCCAGGAGGUGGUGGCUGUCUAUCCGACGGCAUUGUGAUAGACACCAUGGUCGAGGCGGCAACGGUUCCAAUUCUCGGUAGCCCCCAGGAGGAACCAAUCGAAGACUGGUCCUACGUGUUCGUUCCUCCGCCCAUCUGUACGUACGUUGGAUCAUCGAAAUAUGCUCCUCUCCAGCAGCUUCCAAGUCAACUGAUGCAACCUCAGGUCGCCCUUCCAAUGAAUUGCUUCUACAAAUCGUCCUCGCAGCUGAGGAAGGAGAAACAGGAACGUGAAAAAUUCAUGAAGUUACGGGAACUUCAAGAGCAGCAGGAAACCCAUCAGCAACAGCAGGCACAGUUGGAAAAUAUCUCACCGAACGCUUGUGCAAUCACUAAUAGCUUGCUGAAGCAUGAACCAUCACUGACCGUACCGCAACCUCUCAGCACUCCAAAUUCGCUCAAUCUCAACGGAGCUGGCCAUCCGUACUCAAAUCCACCGUCGCAGGGCGGUCAAUCACAGCCCCUUUCGAGACCUCCGUCGGUGAAUUCUCUGCCCGGCGGUAUGAUGAGCUCGGGAGGUAGUUUAAUGAGCCCGUCGCCGAUGAACAACGGACCUCUGAGUAACAACAUGUUCCACCCUGGAAUGGGAAUUAACAUUCCCCUGCGACAAGGAAUGUCUCCGAUAUCUCCUGCUACUCCCGGUGGUGGUAGCGCUGCCGGAGGUAAUUCAAUGCGUGUUCCAACUCCACAAGGAUCCUGUCCUCUGCCGUACCCUUCACCGAUCGGAGCCAGUGGAGGAUCUCUGUCUAUCAUCCCGGGAAGCCCGAAUCCUCUGAACCAGAUGAACUUCCGACGGACACCGAUUCUUCCUCCACCUCCGUACGAUGUGGCCGUGGCUUCGCCAGCUACCUCCACCACUUCAUCCUAUCACAACAAACAGUUCGGGAUGGAGGAUGGUCCUCAAACGCCAUUCGCCGGUGCAGGAGUGAACGCCUCGUUACAAAGGAUAGCCAUCGAGACCAACGCUUUGCUGGUCAACGUUUUACUGUACGAUACAUCGCUCAACAUCUUUCGCGAUCAUAACUUCAACAGCUGCACCCUGUGCGUAUGUAAUGCUGGUCCCAAAUGUGUUGGCAACAUUCGUGGAGCGGACUCCGGUCCAUACUUGCCACUGCCGGGGACAAGCUUCAUAGGAGUCACCAAGAACGGACUGACCAGUGGCAGUAGCAGCGAACGAGAAGCCAAAUCUACGCCUUCCUCAGUGUCACAAUUUAAUGGGAACAAUCACAACAAUAACGGUGCCUUUGGAAUGUUGGAUUCGCCAGCCAAUAACGGACCAAACUCUUCCGGAAUAGUGGCCAUCAAUACAAACAGCCUACAGAACGGAUACAUGGAUGAGGAUCCGAUCAAGUGUACGUGCGGUUUCAGUGCCCUGAUGAACAGAAAGCUGGCGCAUCGGGCGGGGCUUUUCUACGAGGACGAACUGGAGAUUACCGGUAUGGCAGAAGAUCCGGCGACGAAGAAGAAAAAAUCACUGCUUGAGUUCCUGCUAGGCAAGGGUGACUACAGCAGUGGAGUGAACUGUGAUAUUUCACCGCUGCCGCUCCGGAUCAUGGAUCUUCUGCGGGAGCACUGUGCCGUCAUUCAGAAUUCAAGCAAUUCUAUCCACCGGGCGGUUGCCCGGUUCCGAAGUGCAAUCAACGUCAAAAGCUCCACCAGCGCGUCCGUACACAUGUUGGAAUACAGCGAUGCCAAUGAGGUCAUCAGUUUAGCGUUAGAACAAAGCCGACUGCAAGCGAUCAACGAGAACAAAUACGAAGAUUCUACAUUGAUGAAAUCCGGACUGCUCCGGGGUGUUAUGAACGUCCAUAAAUGGCCAUAUCUACGGGCUGGCGGUCCCAAGAGCAAUCAGGAUAUUGUGCGAAUAAUGAAAUCUAUGCAACCACUCCUCCAGGAUGCCUUCCACAAAAAGUGUACCACCCGGUUGUGGGAUGCUCCAUACACGAUACAGGGACCGCUCACCUGGCGGCAGUUCCAUCGACUCGCCGGACGAGGCACAGGCCAGUGCGAACCCCAACCGGUUCCGUCGUUGGUCGUUGGUUACGAAAAGGACUGGCUGUCGCUUUCCCCGUACGCUAUCCAGUAUUGGGACAAACUACUUCUCGAACCGUACUCCUAUCCUCGGGACAUCGCCUACGUCGUGGUGCUUCCGGAUAACGAUCAUAUUGUGUCUAAAGUUAAAACUUACUUCAAAGAACUUAGUACAACGUACGAAAUGUGCAAGCUAGGCCGUCACAAUCCUAUCAAAGGUUGGGAUGGAAUACUGCGGGUUGGCUCGAAUCGAGUUCUCAAAGAAACGCAAAACUCCAGCAUGGACGAAUGGUUCACCAGUUUGGGUGACACUCGGUUGAGUGAGCUGCUGAAACUGUAUGCCCAGACGUGUCAACAGCAGCUGGCUCCGUACCUGUCGAAAGUGCCCUCGGACAAAAGUUUGCUGGAUCCACCGGAGAAUCAUAACGUUUCGUCUGCAUCGCAUGCUGCUGCACUUGCCUUAGCGCAGGCUAGUUCCACCCCCAAUCGGGAUGCUCCCAACCAAAGUCCGAUGCCUCCACCACCACCAAGUACGCCGGAUCCUACGCAACCCGGUGACAAGGCACCAAGUACGCCAAAAUCCGAAAACGACACCGAAAGUCGUGACAAUCUGAAUACGUCCUCGUCGAGUCCGGCCGACCGAAUGCAACACGACGACGAUGGCAAAGAACCGCCACAUAUCGUGCUGUACAUGGUAGAACCAUUCACCUGCGGAACAGAUUCGACUGAAAUCGAGCGACUGGCCUGCUUAUCGUUGCUGCGAUGCUACUCGAACAUACUGAACACGGUUCCGGAUUCCAUCCGAGCCAAUAUCAGUGUACAGCUUAUAUCGCUGGAAAGCAUUCUCGAGUUGGGACGAAGUCGAAAUCGGUUGAGGUUAAGCGACCACAUGCGCUGCCAGGCACUGAGUAUAUUCUCUCAAAGUCGACGUUUUAUGCAGCACUUGAAUAAUGUCAAGAGCCUCACCGGGUUCGGCACAGCAGCCAAUGCCGAGCAGUUCAUGAAAAACAAGGAUGAAAAGAACCGGGCACCUUACAAACUGUACACCCCACCGUACGUGCUGGCAAAAUUGUGCGAAAAGAAGGAAAAUUCCGAAUCGUUCGGCCAAACGAGCAUCAAACAGCAAUGUUCGAUUAUGUACUGCAGUUACUGUCUUAGCGAAGAUCAGAGCUGGCUGCUGGCAGUGGCCACCGAUGAUCGAGGAGAGUUUCUGGAAACGGUGACGAUCAAUAUCGACAUUCCGAACCGAGUACGGCGAAAACGGGCUUCGGCCCGGCGGAUGGGUCUUCAGAAACUGAUGGAUUUCAUCCUGGGGCUUAUAUCGCAGACUGUCCAACCGUGGCGAAUUGUCAUUGGGCGUAUCGGUCGGAUUGGACACGGCGAGUUGAAAGGAUGGAGUUGGUUGCUUAGCAAGCAAAACCUGCAGAAGGCUUCCAAACACCUGAAGGAUAUCUGCGAGCAGUGCUCGCUGAUGCAUCCGGUGUCGGUUCCCAGUAUACUGAGUGCAUGUUUGGUUACACUGGAACCCGAUUCGGAGCUGAGGGUGAUGCCGGAUCAGUUCACACCGGACGAACGGUUCAGCCAGCUGUCGAUGCAGUCGCCACUUACUACCCCACAGGAUGUCACGUGUACGCAUAUCCUGGUAUUUCCGACCAGUGCGAGAACGCAGUCGGCCCAAUCGGCUUUCGUCGCCGAGCACAUCAACGAUGAGCUAGAGCUGACGCUUGGCGACGGUAACCUGGAGGAUUUGGGACUCGGCGAAGAUUGCGACGAGGACGGUAUCAAUGGCUUGGGAGAUCUGUUCGAUAAUUGGGACGAUUUACCAAUGCCACAGCAAAUACAGCAGGACUCGCGGCAAGGUAGCCCAAUUCAGUUUGAAGGGCAACGACAGAGUCCCGGUGACAGUGGUUCGAACUGCGCUCAGAAUCUCAACGGUUACACGACACAGGAAACCGAGGAUGUUGGUUCCCUUGCCCAGCAACCGAUGGCCAUCGGUUAUCUGGUAUCGACCGCACCGACCGGGCGAAUGCCGUCCUGGUUCUGGUCUUCCUGUCCGCAUCUGGAGAACGUCUGUCCGGUGUUCCUUCGGAUAGCGCUGCACCUGAACAGUUUCCAGAUUUUGCAGAAUAACGACGAUCCGAUGGCCCAGUCCCAGUCGACCACCGAGCACCCGUUGGACUCGAACAUGACGGCCGACGUGCUGCGCUUCGUACUGGAAGGUUAUAACGUACUCUCGUGGCUCGCCAUGGAUUCCAACACCCACGAUCGGUUGUCCUGUUUGCCCAUUCAUGUGCAAGUGCUGAUGCAGUUGUACCACAUGACCGCGGCGUUGGCGUAAGACAGCAACUCACACACAUACACACAUAUUAACACUCGGAACCGGUACUAUUAUGGAAGAAUGGUCGUUCUCUUUCUUUUCCCGCCUGUCUGUGAUAUUAGGGGUAUAGGAAACUGAUACAACAGUAAAGGUUAAUGGUUCACUAGAAUAGUGAGGGAUUGGUUCGAAUGCAACUGCGCAUCGAAGAUCAAAUACAGUUCUCCCUGGACAUUUGCUAAGCCAGCCAGGUUCGAUAUUACUGAAACACUCACGCGUAGUUUUAUUUUAGGUCAAGUGGAAAGUAUUUAUAAUGAUGCUGGAGGAUCAAAAUUUAGUAAGAAAUGUAAAUUAUUUGCAACGUAGCAUGUAAAUUUAUACAACAGCCAAGAUCUGGUUUUAAAAUUUAUUCUAAUUUAUGGCAUGCGUUUUUUUUAACAUCGAUUGUUAAGCUCUCGACAAUGACUGUAAGUAUUUUCGUUUUUCGUUUUGAUGAAUCACAGUGUAUGAGGGAAGCCAAAAGCUUUUAAACCUAGAGAAAAUUAAUAGGAUUGUCUGUCUGCAAGCAGUAUUGUUUUUUUUUUUUAUUAUUCAAUCGCUUUCAACGGAGACAUACCUUGUUUGCGUUGGGCCGGAUUUUUUUUUACCGAAUGUAACAAAAGGAGAUUAAACAAGAAAAAUCGUAGCGAAUGUUACAAUUUAUUGUAAAAUUAAUAGUAAUUGUAAAUACAACACAGCGAGACGUCAAUUGAGUAGCGAGAAGUUAUAGAACUAUAGUGGAAACAAUCUAGGAAAUCAUGUACAUUUUUAUCUAGCUAAUAAACUGAAAAUAGCUCCGAUCACUUGUACAUUUUUAGUCUACCCAGACGACAACAUGCAAUUUAGAAAAGCUCAUCGGAUUAGUGUUUUAAAAUGAAUUAAGUAGGUGAGACUCUUGUACGUGUUAGUUAAUAUGAAAAUCCAACAAAUGAAGCAGUUAUGGUUAGGACAAAUGGACAAACGACACUCAUCUAACGAGAUUGAACAAUGGAAGAAUCAUCCGUUCGGUGAAUUAUCACCAUUGUCAAGUAUGUACAUACUUCUGUAAAUAUGAUCUAAUGCUGUAGAGUGUAGGGUAUACUGCACUAAAGAAUUAUCCUAGGUCAAAGCUAAACCACAGGACUUUUGAACACACGACACGAGAAGAAAUGGAACAAUAUUUAUUUCAAUUCAUCUCUUUGCCCAUCCCCAAGAGAGACCAAAUCAUAAAAGCUCAUAUUAUAUAUAGUGAAAAUACAAACGCUAGACCGUAAGUGUAGUCAGAUAAGCCAGCAGUAACUCGACAAAGUAAGAAUGACACACACGUUAGAAGAAUCAUGUUCCCAUGAUUAACAAAUUAUUGAUUUUCCAAGAGGCAUUCUAAACACAUAAACUCACACUUACACACAAACACACUCACACUUCUACACAUUCACACACACACACACAAACACCGACCAGACCACAGUCGCGAAGCGAAAGGGGACAAAGAAAUCGAAUCAAAGAGAAAAUUACUUUUAAUUGCUAACUUAGUAAACGUGGUGUUUGAAUCCAUAGGUUUGUAACUAGUGAAAACAAAUAAAAAAAACUUUAUUAGCAAGUAUUAGAACAAGAAUGAGACAGAAUAUUAUUUGCUUCACUGACGGGUGAAAGCAAGUCAACUGAAAAGCUAGUGUAAUUGAGGACAUAAUAAAAGGAAUCAAGGAAUCAUCAACUUACUCGAAGGAGAGAGGUGAGUUCCGCCAGAAAACGGCUGUCCAUGUGUGAUUUGCAUGUUUUUGUUCUGGUCCCCUAUCCAGCCGGUGGGAUAAACAUGGUGAUCAUGGAUGGGUCGCGGCCGUGUAUAGACAAUGGAAUGAACGAAACCGGAGCAAAUAAGAGUAAGAAGCACGUUUCUGUCGUGGGGUUAGGCCAAAUUGUAAAAAAUGUUUCCACUGAUAAGCAGAAUUUUCCAUCUAAGUAAGAGAAUCACACACACCGAAAAAAAAACAUUAAAUACAAAAUCUAAACUAAGACAAAGUACCACUUAAAUGAAGUGAUGAUGAAAGUUAAAUGUACAUGUGAGUUAUUUAACAGAACAAUGAAUAAGUGAAAGCACGAGAUUGUGAGCGAAAGCGUUGAUUUUGACACGAAAGCCAGAACAGAAAAUGCAAACAAGAAUAUUAUUCGACAGAAACAAACAAAAAACUAUUAAUAUUAAUGAAUUGUAAUUGAUAUGAAUUAAUUACUAUACAUGAAUUAUAUAAACUAUUAAUACUUGUAUAUGUUAAGGUUUCGUUUACAAAAAAAUCAUGAAAAUAAAUGGAGCAUUAUUGAAA